AUGUCCCUAAGCCUAUAUCGAACGACUAAUCUAUGGUCGGCUUACGGGGAAGAGUGCCGGAACUAUGGUGUUUUAAAAGGCCCCAAAGGGGUGAUCCUAUCAAUAGAUUUUUUGCCCCUACGUCCUUUGGAGCGUCUCUACGCCGGCUCAGCCGACAAGACCCUGACUGCGUUUGAUCCCAAGACUGAUCAAGUUGUUCGUCGACAUCGCAGCCAUGGGGUGUUACUCAACUCGAUCGCAGUUUCCGGAGCUAGUGGACAGGACUUACUAGCAUCUGCUUCAGACGAUGGGACGGUACCGAUAUGGCACAAGGAUGACAAGAACCCCCUGGAUUCCUUCAAACUUGGUUAUCCUCUGACCGCUGUCGAACGGAGUGCCAAUGGUCAACCAAUCUUUGUCGGAGGGCUGGAUAAUGAUAUUCAUUGUUUUGAUCUCCGUAAGAAAGAGGUCUUUUGGAGCCUGCAAGCUCAUACAAAUACGAUUGCCGGACUCAAGCUAAGUCCAGACGGAAGCUUCUUGCUGAGCGCCGGGUUUCACGACACUGUCCGAAUCGUGAUUACCAGUACACAUGACCCGAACGCCCCUCGUCUGGUACAAACGCUGUUAGGAGCGCCAGCUGGAUUUGAUAACCAAUUACGGUCGCCUACGUGGGAUGCUUCUGGCGAUAAAGUGGCAGUAGGAGCCACUGAUCGGACAUUUAUCAAAGUCUCACCGCCCACAUCACCACCCCUCGGUCUCUUCCAUCCGCCUGAGGUCCCCCAUCCAUUGUUGAGCGUCAAUGAGCUCGGUGGUCUUCCAAGUGAAGAACAUUCUCUCCCACCAUUAAAAGCACACAUUCAGAUCACCCGGAGCCGCUGCCAAAAUCGGUUCAUCUUCCAGAGACGCAUCCGCCGGACGAGUCCUUGCCGAAUGAUGCCUGGCAAUUGCAGACGAUAUGGAUCCUUGACUCGUCCAGAAGAACGACUCACGCUUGUUCAAGAAGCAAUUCAAGACCUGCUAAAUUACCGUAAGAUAACGUAUGACCUUGGACAACAUUGGCUGAAGGCUUUUGAGGCGAUUUGUCUGACCCAAAAAGACUUUGAAAAGCACCGCAUCAUACAUCCCAGUUCUCUUGGCAAGCGCACAGAAAUUUCCCAUGCUACGAUCGAUGUGGGGCGGCAGGAUGUGUACAGCUCACCAACUUUACUACUCGAGCGUAAUGGCUGGGGAGAGCUUCAAAUUUACAAAGCUGCUUUGGUUUUUGAUGCGCAUUUGGAAGGUCUUAGAUGGGCGCGUUACUACCAUCCUUACAUUUCGUUUUGCUUUUUUUCGGUGUUCUUCUUCAUCGCCGAGCUUAUGGCUGUAUUUGUCACUUGGGGGGCAGCUCUUUAUCGUCAAUCGCCAAGCAAGUCGCCUGAAUUGAGACCAUUCCCCAAAGAAGAGUCUUACUCCGGUAGACCACAUAGCCCGACCAAUCAGAAUCGCCUGAAACAUGAAACUCCUGCUCUGGGUACGACAGAGGUGGAUAGUUCUUCAACCUCUGAAAAUGACCCUCGAUCUCUGCAUGACCCCGAGGAUCGCGAACAUGACGCUUUCUUCGACGAACCCCCACGGAUCAAAACCGAGAUCAACGAGGAUGGGGUACUAGUAGGUAGCAGUCGGGACAUCAAUACCGAUCAUUCGACGAGCGACCCCCAGGGCCGUCUUAUCCAUCGGAAGUCGUCCAAGACCUCCAGAUAUAGCUAA